CGCUGAUCAGGUGACAAUGGGGGUGGAAUGUUGGGCCACGCGGGUUGCCAUAGAUACCAUAUACACACGUUGGUUGUUACGUAGCUGGCGGAGCCGCACAGGGUAUCAGAAGAAAUGAGCAUAUUACCACCUAUGCAGAGGCAAAUCCCUCAAGGGUUUCCAAACCUUGUUCAGCCAAGAUCACUUCCUACAUCACCAAGGAAACUACAACAGAAUAGGAUUCACUUGAUCAGGGACAGAGAUGUCAAAGAUCAUCAUCGGCAGAAGAAUAUCAAAGAGCUGUCGAAAGAGGAAACGGCUAUUUAUCAGAAUUCAUUCAAGCACAGCAUCUGCAUAGAAAUGCUGCGCCAAGGCUAUCACAAGUCUUUCUCAGAACUCUUUACUCUGAUUCACAAGUGGAAUGCCUUAAGGGAUGCUGCAGGGCCUGGGUCAGCCAUAUGGCAGCAAAAACCCUUGGAGGAGCAGCACGAGAAACUGGAUCAACUUCAACAUUUCCUGACCAGGGCUGAGGCAGCCCAACGAUCAGGCUACUAUGAAGAGGUCUACAAGAAUCAACUUGCACUGGCCCAGUGCUUCAAGAAGCUGGAUGACCAGUGGCUUUCAGACCACUUUUACGAAUGCUGCUUUCAGACAGCUAAGAAAAUAAAAAUUGAUGGAGGGAGAAAAGAAGCUGAGGCUCAUGCAAACCUUGCUGUGGUAGCUGAAGAACAUGGUCAGUUGGAGAAGGCUGUUGAACAUUAUGAGGCAUUCUAUCAUCUGACAGUAGGCCGGAUAUGGAAGGAUGAGACAGGCCGCACUCACAAUUCACUGGCCUGCGAGAACCUCUGGAGAAUAUAUACAUUGCUAUCAGACAAAAUGCUAGAGAAUAAAGAAUGGCAACAGGCCAUCAAAACUCUAAUAAAAGCACUUGAUAUGGCAAGAGAAGGGUGUGAUAAAAAAAUGGAAGGUGAAGCAGCAUAUCGAUUGGGAUUGGCUCAUAUUACAUCUGAAAAUCCUCAAAUUGCAAUGAAGUACCUUACUACUUACAUGGAAAUCUCUAAAGAGCUUGAAGAUAAUGUUGGACUAGGAAAAGCAUACAAAGCAAUGGCAAAAGCUCUGGAAAGCCAAGGAAAAAUUGUUGAGAGCAUUAAGUACCUGGAAAAUUUUAUAGAGGUUGCCAAAACUAGUAAAUUAGGCCAAAGCCUUGCAGAGACAUGCAUCUGCCUUGGAGACAUUUUUAAUGCACGAGGGAACUAUGAAAAAGCAUGCCAGUAUUUUUCCCAAGCUUAUGAGACUGCAGUCAAUCUCGGUGAAAUACCACUGAUAGAGGAGGCACAGGUUCAUUUCGGCAUUGCAAAGGCACACCAGAUGAUGCAGACCGUGAGCAGACACACAGAGGCUGCAGAUUAUGUUAGCAUGGAGUACCUGCUGGCAUGGAAAAAGAACAGAAGUGACAUGUUCAAUGACCCAGCAAAAGUUGGAGCUGAUUUCAAUAAAGAAAAAAACAUUAUUAAUAAAAGAAAAUGACAAUAUAUAACAUAUGUAUACACAGAUAUUUGACAUGCUUUGUCUACUGUACGCAUGAACAAGUAGAUUUGAUCAUGUUCAGGUAUAAUGCCUACAGGUCACCGAUAUAUGUCUUCACUUUUAUAUUACACAAGCACAAGUUAGAUACAUUGUUAUUUUGCUACCACUGUACAAAAUUCCAUAGUGCUUUUUAAGUGUCAUACAAUUAUUAUUAGUAAAGUUUUUUCUCUAAUGCCCACACGCUAGAAUAUUUAUCAUUAUGCUAUUAUUACUCUUCCAUUCAAAUUCUUGUUUUUGUACAUAUAUAUUUAUAAAUAAAGGCUGAAUAUGACUUACGAAUGCUCAAACUUUUGAUUGACGUCAGCUGAUGCUGCCAGGGUGUACAGACAGUAUGGAGUGGAAAGCAGAGGGUUAAAGAGCUGCAUUUGAGCACUAUACAGUUGACUUGUUAUGUAGGGAGAGAUUGGCUAAUGACUUGUAGGUACUCAGCACUCGGGUCUCUCAGGUGGCUUCAUUCGACCAGUUUCAGCAGAAUGAUGAAAAGAUUGAGAUAAAAUAAACUGACAGUUGCUACUCAUCGCAAGCAGCAAGCAGUACCCCAGCAGCUGAGACCCUAGGAGCCCUCUUUCUUAAACAAAGGCUUUUUGCGCUGCAGUAAGCAAUGAACUCCAAAAUAAAUAAAUAAAUAUAUAAGGAUUGAACAGAUUGGCAGCUGGUGGCCGAGGGAGGAGGGAAAGUUUGGAAACUGGGAUACACAGUGAUUGUUGGCUAAUUAGAAGCCAUCCCCACCUACUUAAUAGCAGACCAUUAAGCAGAAUACAGGGUUUCCUUUCUUGCUUUCAGUGUUGCUCAUGACAUUAUGCCCUAAUCAAUGCCCACCCACUGGCUUCCUCAGUGCCUACAAAUGAAUAUAUUGCAGUUCAAGAAUGUGAUAAUUGACUUAGGACAGAAACAACCAUGGCUGGGGUAAACUCACUCCAUUUCCGAAGAACAUACUAGUGCCAUACUUGAAAAGCCCAAAUGCUAAAUCAGUAUCUUUUAAUGACAAGUGGCAGAUAGGGAGCAGCCGAUAGAAAAGAGGCUGUGCAGCAUAGGAUUCAGCCCAAAAGAAAGACCUGUGAGUUUUAUAGAUUGAGGCUGAUAAAAACAAAAAAAUCUUAAGUCUUCAGUACCCUAUGACAUUUCUCCUGAGACUGUUUAUUGUUGGGCUCCUACUGAGAAGGAAAGUAAAGCUGUAUGGGCUAUGAGCUGUUAUUCUUUUUUAGUCUUAAAGACAUUUUAACAUCUUGCUUAUUUUUUAUUUGUUGAAGAGGAAAUUUAAGAUGUCCAAAGUUG